AUGGAGAGGCUUGACUGCACGGAACGAAAGCUGCUUAAACGGCUACUUGGCUACUUUUGGCCUAGGGUAUGUCACAAUGAAGAUCUUUACGCAGAAACUGAUGUGGUAUACCGGCGGAUGACACGUGGAAAACAUCAACACCUUGCACUGCCAUCGAAAGUGGCUAAAGUAAAUCGUCUUCGCUUCUUUGGUCAUAUAUUAAGGAGACCGGCAGAUCGCCUUGUUCAACGAGUUCUGAGGAGUUCGUCGGGUUCGAGCUGGAAGAAGCCACCUGGCCGAAAACGGAAGUUCUGGACUGAGGCGGUGAAAGAGGACCUGAGGACACUCGGCGUGGAUAGGUAG